UUUGUUUACAGGGAUCGAAUACUGUCUAAAAUGAUGAGACUGGUAAUUCUACCUUACACCCUUUAAAGCCUCGCAUAUGUUCAUUUCACUAGACACACACAAAACGACCCAAUUCGACAAUAUAUCCCACAAAAACAGCUCCUCCAACAGAAAGAUGGCCAGAAGACAACAGUGCAGCGGAUGUCUGCAGUACCUGUUGGUUCCACCAGAGGUCCAAACCAUUCGUUGUGCUGCGUGUGGAACAGUUGCCAAUACGAGCAACACGCCGGCACCGAGUAAUGCUAGAGCUCGUUGGGGUCAAGCCCGUGAAUUGUUGGUACCGGGACAGAUCAGAAGCUAUCCGGGGUCUGGGACGCAUGCAUUCCCCUCUGUAUACGGUCCUCAUCAGCAACAGCCGCUGCCACGGCCUGCCUUAUCGCCCGUUUCAGUGCAUGGAAGGAAAAGAGCUCUGAUUUGCGGAUUGAAUUACGUUGGCAAGUAUUAUAGUCUUAAAGGAAGCAUUAAUGAUGCCAAGUGUAUGAGGUAUCUUCUUGUGGAGAAAUUGGGGUUUCCUUUGGACUCCGUUCUCAUGCUUACAGAUGAUCAGCAAGAUCCUUUGUUGAAGCCGACGAAACGGAACAUGCGUAAAGGCAUGAGAUGGCUGGUCUACGGGUGUCAGCCAGGGGAUUCGUUGCUGUUUUACUUCUCUGGCCAUGGCAGUCAGCAAGAAGAUUAUAACUCAGACGAGCUCAACGGAUAUGAUGAAGCCUUAUUACCUAUUGAUCACGAGACUGAAGGAGUAAUCAUCGAUGACGAAAUCAAUGAGAUCAUCGUUAGGCCACUACCUCGAGGAGCAAAGCUGCAUGCCAUCAUCGAUGCCUGUCACAGCGGAACUGUUCUUGAUCUGCCUUUCGAUUGCAAGAUGAAAAAGGAAGGGCAUUAUAUAUGGGAUGAUAAAAGAAACCCCAAGUUUAACAAAGGUACAAGUGGAGGAGUAGCCUUCUGUUUCAGUGCAUGUGACGAUGACCAAAGAGCUUCAGAUACCAACGUUUUCUCCGAAACAAAAACCAACACCGGUGCCAUGACGUUCUGCUUCAUCCAGGCCGUGGAAAACGAACCUGAUUUGACGUACGGCCGGCUGCUCAUUGCAAUCCGCAAAGCGAUCCUUCAGGUUAAAGCUUGUUUACGCAAAACUGGCACCAUCAAAAAUCUGGUUAACAAAGUUUUGCAGAAGUCAUCAAUUCAGGAGCCACAGCUAUCUUCAUCGUACCCAUUUAACAUUUACUCAAAGCGGUUUCUGCUGUAGUAAUUCCCCUUCUUCCAAAAUUGCCUACAGCUAUCUGGCUUGGUAAUUAUAGUUUGUAUAUUAUCUGGUGUUUGUAUGUUUUUUCUUGUAUCAUAUAGAUUUCGACAUGUUUGUGUCAUGUCUAAUGUUACUGUAAAUGUGUCACGACUACAUGAACUUGCUCUUUCAUUACACUAAAAUGAAGUUUAGUUUUUUCUGGUUCACUUCUUCAAUGGAGGAUCAAGAGUUUACGAGAAUCGGUACACCAGCGAGAAUACGAGGCGUAAAGGUUAGGCCAGUCGAGGACGGGGAAUUCACAAAGUGGUGGAGCCAUAGGGAGAGUACUUGCUCUUGCUCCUCCGGAUCUAGCGUUUCCACGGUCUCUUCCAAGACCUUCUCUAGCUCGGCACUUUCACUCAUGCCAAGCACCGGCGCAUCGGUGCCGUUGCUAGCCCUGC